AUUAGAUAAUCACAAUUACAAUGGCCCAAUACAGUAAUGCUUUCGUGCUUGUGAUUGCCUUUAUGGUAGUUUUUCCGAUCAUGGUGUUGGGAGGAACAGCUUAUCAUGUCGGACGUGCUGCUGACUGGAACGAUCAUCUGUUCGAUUACCAGGGUUGGGCUUGGAGCAUAAAUUUCCAAGUCGGAGAUUCUCUAGUUUUCAGUUACCAUGCAGAUGUACACUCUAUCGUUGUAGCAGCUAAUCGUGUACUGUAUGAUGGAUGUUCUUCAACUCCAAACUUGGGAGUGUAUCAGAGCGGAUAUGAAGAAUUAGUCUUGCCGGUUGCUGGGACCUAUUAUUUCUUCUGCGGAAAUCAAUGCAACCAAGGAAUGAAAUUUGUUGUCACUGUGUGAACCAGUUGAUAUAUAUAAUUAUUUAAGGCCUGUAUUCCCACCUACAAAGCAACCCAUGUGGAGAGAAAUCUAGUUAGUAAUUUCUCUUUAAAUUCUGGAGUAGUCAUGCCAAAUUGAAAGCCUGUACCUCCUACAAAAAGCAACCGAGAGAAAUUUAGUUAGUAUGCAAAGAAUGCAUACUAAUUGUAGCAGUCAUUUCCAAAGGAACAAUUCUCAGGUUCACCCCUUGGGGUGAAGCAGCAUAUUCACCCUCUCUUAUGAUUAACGCGUAAUAACUUUUUGAUUUUCUAAUCCAACCAUUCAAGUUGUAUAAUGUAAUACAAAGAUUAGUUCUGUAAAAAAUCAAUCAAAUUGAAGACCUUUUAAUUAUUCAUUUAUAUGAAAUACAUGGACGGUUCAUCAUAAUAGCAGUAAGUGUUGUUAGAACCGUCCAUUUAUUUGAUUCAAUUAGAUAAUUAAACGAUUUCCG